AGGGAGGGAGGGGGUCGGGGAGGCGUAGGUCCCGACGCCUCAUUCGGCAAGUGAGUGGCCCGCGUUGAGCCAUCCCACCCUGCAGGCGUCUUCAACACACGGGCCUGCCGGUGGAGAUCAGCCCCCUUGCGAGCUUGGUGCGAGUCCGCCGGAUCCGAUGGAGGAGCUGAGGCCUAGCGGCCCGGGCAUCGCGGCGCUGCUGCCCCCGGGACUGCACGCUAUCUACCAAGAGUGCAAGAGGCUGUACUCGGAUCAGCCCAAUCCUCUGCAAGUCACCGCCAUAGUCAAGUAUUGGUUGGGCGGACCAGACCCACUGGACUACAUUAGCAUGUACAGAAAUCCAGGGAGCCCAGCACAGGAUGUGCCAGAGCAUUGGCACUAUGUCAGCUUUGGUUUGAGUGACUUGUAUGGCGACAAUAGAGUACACGAAUUUACAGGAGUGGAAGGACCAAGUGGCUUUGGGUUUGAACUGACUUUCCGGUUAAGACGAGAAACUGGGGAAACUGCACCUCCAACGUGGCCAGCUGAACUGAUGCAGGGUUUGGCCAGAUAUGUAUUCCAGUCAGAAAACACACUAUGCAGUGGUGACCAUGUCUCUUGGCACAGCCCAUUGGACAACAGUGAAUCCCGCAUCCAACAUAUGUUAUUGACAGAAGACCCACAGCUACAAUCUGUGCGAACCCCCUUUGGAACAGUUGCAUUCCUCCAGAUUGUUGGAGUUUGUACAGAAGAACUUCAAGCAGCACAGCAGUGGAAUGGUCAAGGAAUCUUGGAGCUGCUCCGUACUGUUCCUGUAGCAGGCGGCUCUUGGCUAAUCACAGACAUGCGAAGGGGAGAAACUAUAUUUGAAUCUGAUCCACAUUUGCAGGAGAGAGUGGACAAAGGAAUUGCGACUGAUGGAUCAAACCUGAGCGGUGUGAGUGCAAAAUGUGCGUGGGUUGAUCUAAGCCGGCCACCAGAAGAUGAAGAAGAUAGUCGAAGUAUUUAUCUCGAGAUGCACCCACGGCGUUUGUCAGAUAAAGAUACAGAGCAAAUAAGAGAAGUCUUGCGUAGGGGCCUUGAAAUGAAUACCAAGCCAAUCUUGCCACCAAUUAGCUCUCAGAAACCCCAACAACAGAUUGGAAUGAAUCACGACCGAGCACAACUAGUGCAAUCAGUGGGCCAUUUCCAGAGCAAGCAGACUGAAAGGACUAGGAAAGAUAGUUUGGAGAGUGAAAGUUCUGCUGCUAUUGUACCACAUGAAUUGAUCCGCACCAGGCAGUUGGAGAGUGUACACCUUAAAUUCAACCAGGAAUCAGGAACUCUUAUUCCACUGUCACUGAGAGGUAGAUUGUUACAUGGAAGGCACUUUACUUACAAAAGCAUCACAGGAGAUACAGCAAUCACAUUUGUUUCCACUGGAGUUGAAGGAGCGUUUGCUACAGAGGAACAUCCAUAUGCAGCUCAUGGUCCAUGGCUACAGAUUCUGCUGAAUGAAGAAUUUGUGGAAAGGAUGUUAGAGGAUUUAGAAGACCUGGCCUCUCAAGAAGUGAAACUGCCAAAGGAGUACAGCUGGCCAGAGAAAAAACUGAAAAUUACAAUUUUACCUGAAUCGGCAUUCGACAGUCCUCUGCAGUAGCCAAGGAUACCAA